CUUCCCGCCCCCACCAUGGGAUCCGAGGGAAGCUUGCUGAUCGAGGGACAAGCACAUAUCAUCCUGCUGGGGAGCCUGGCAUCUGUGGCCACCUUCUUCCUCAUCACCUUCCUCAUCUUUCUGUGUUCCAGUUGCGACAGAGAAAAGAAGCCAAGACCGCACAGCGGGGACCAUGAGAACCUGAUGAACGUGCCUUCUGACAAGGAGAUGUUCAGCCGCUCUGUCACCAGCCUGGCCACAGAUGCGCCCCCAAGCAGCGAGCAGAACGGAGCACUCACCAAUGGAGACAUUCUUUCAGAAGACAGCACGGUGACCUGCAUGCAACAUUAUGAGGAAGUCCAGACCUCGGCUUCAGAUCUACUGGACUCCCAGGACAGCACAGGGAAGCCGAAAUGUCAUCAAAGUCGAGAGUUGCCCAGAAUUCCCCCAGAGAGCUCGGUGGACAUGAUGCACAAUGGGAGAAGUGCAGACGGGGAACAGGGUCUGGGGAUGGAAGGACCCUAUGAAGUGCUCAAGGAUAGUUCCUCGCAAGAAAACAUGGUGGAGGACUGCUUGUAUGAAACCGUGAACGAAAUUAAGGAGGUGACGGCAGCUGCCCAGCCAAGUCGAGGCCACAGCGGUAGGUCGAAGUCAACUUCCGGUGUGAAAGAGCUUCCGGGGCCACAGGCCAACAGCAGAACAGACUUUGCCGAGUAUGCCUCGGUGGACAGAAACAAAAAGUGUCGACAGAGUGUCAACGCGGAGAUUCUUCUUGGAAAUUCAUGUGAUCCAGAAGAGGAGGCCCCGCCUCCUGUCCCCAUGAAACUCCUCGACGAAAAUGAAAACCUUCAGAAGAAAGAGAGUCAAGCAGGAGAAGAGGGAGCUGAUGAGGGGACCAGUGAAACCAACAAGAGACUUAGUUCAUUGUCGUACAAGUCCCGGGAAGAAGACCCAACUCUCACAGAAGAAGAGAUCUCAGCCAUGUAUUCAUCAGUGCAUAAAAAAGGACAGCCAGGGAACAAAUCAGGACAGUCGCUUAGAGUACCAGAGGCCUCCUACACCUCCAUGCCAGGAGCCGCUCCGAGGUCCCCCUCUUCCUGUAACGAUCUCUAUGCCACUGUUAAAGACUUUGAGAAGAUGCCAAAUAGUGUCAGCACACUUCCAGCAGCAGGCAAGCCCAGUGAGGAGCCUGAGCCAGAUUAUGAAGCAAUACAGACUCUAAACAGAGAGGAAGAGAAGGCUGCCCCAGAGACCAACAGUCACCAUGGCCUUUGCCCAAAAGAGAAUGACUACGAGAGCAUCGGGGACUUGCAGCAAUGCCGAGACGUCACCAGGCUCUAG